CGUCUGUCCACUCUGACAGCAAACGCCACAGACGAUGUCGGGGAAGGUGAAGGCGAGGACCUCGGCGAAUGCAGCGGACGCUGCCACGCAGUCAUUGAAUGAAAGAAUUUUGAAGGAAUGUCAUUUGCUGUACAUCGAUCCAGAAAAUGGCUUGGUGAAAAUUGCAGAAAGUUUGGGGCUGACCUUGUUAGCACCUCGUAAGAAGAUCACAGUUCUUCUCAUUGGCAAUCACUCUGCUGGUAAAAGUUCUUUCAUCAACUGGUAUGUCGAGGAGCACGUGCAGAGGACAGGGGUUGCCAUCGAGACGCAGGGUUUCACCUUUGUCACCAGCGGUCGCAAGCGCGAGUCUCUCACGGGCAAUGCAACAUUACACCUUUACCCUCACUUCGAACCGCUGCGCCAGAUUGAAGGUGUGCUGGACUACUUGACAACAGAGAUCGCCACAUCCAAGCAAAAGAAAUUUAGUUUGGUGACCUUUGUGGACACACCAGGGCUGGUGGAUGGAGACAUGAAGUACCCUUUUGAUGUCAACAAGUCUAUUCUUUGGCUUGGUGAUUUAGCAGACCUGAUCUUUGUCUUUUUUGACCCCAUUGGCCAAGCACUGUGCAAGAGGACACUCAACCUGGUGGAGAAGCUGAAUGAAAAGCAUGCAGACCGCAUGCGCUUUUAUCUCAGCAAGGCUGAUGAGGCUGGUCAUGAGAGCGACAGGCAGCGUGUCAUGAUGCAGAUUGUUCAAGAGCUGUGCAAGAGGCCUGGCUUGAAUAGGACAGGAUUUGAUAUGCCUACCAUCUAUGUUCCAUCCAUGAAUCAGAAGGGUAGCCGCUGUGCCAAUCAGAUUGAGGAAGUGUGUAAAGAUAUUGAAAAGACCAUUAACCAGACUGUGCAAAACACUCUCAACGCACUUGAACGGGACUGCAACCAAAUCUCGCAGAUAGUGGAAGAGAAGCUGAGAGAAGACAGCUUCCAAGCAAAGCGUAAUUUAAAGGCACGCUUGAGAGGGGUGUGCUACAGCUUACUAGGAAUGCUGCUGCCUCUCCUGCUGCUAGCAACGUUCCUGAUCAGCACAUCCCAUGCUGCACUUCACUCUCUUCUUGGAGAAGAAUUGAUGCUGACAAUUGAUCUAUACCUGGGAACUAUCAGUGGGGUGUGGCAGAAAGUUCCUGCGGAAUAUUCCAACUAUGUCAUUGGAGGCUUCAUGCUGUUGGCUCUUUUCAUGCUGGCAAUAGCCAAAUUCACAUCCAGAACUCGUCCAACACUGACAAGAAAGCAGAAGCGUGGUCUUCAAGAUGUCAGUGAUUAUGUGCAAAAUGUGGUAAAGAACAAGAAGCAAACACUGUAUGGGGAGUACCUGAGACAGUCUGUGGCAGAUCAAGAUCUUUGACGCACAACACUUUCCUUGAACUGUUUCCAUGUUGAACAGGCAGCAAUAAAAUGUUUUAUUUUUCCGAGA